UCACACAAAUACCUGAGCCCCUUACCUGAUGUGCCAUUCAUUUGCUGGGAUCGCCCAGUCUCAUCUGGAGAUACUAUUUGCUGUCUAGGUUCCCUACAGCACUUUUAAAAAUGACAGCUUUCAAAGGAAUAUGGACAAGACAAUUUUGGACUUCCAUGGCCGGGGAAUUCUUAGCUGUGUUUAUUUUUCUGGUUGUUAGUUUAGGUUCCACAGCGGGGAUAACAAUACCAGGACCCAGUGACACACACAUUGCACUCUGCUUUGGUUUUAGCAUUGCCAUCCUAAUUCAUUGCUUUGGUCACAUAUGUGAAGCCUACUUAAAUCCUGCUGUAGCAUUGGCCAUGAUUUGCACAAGGAAAAUCACAGUGGCGAAAGGCAUAUUCUACAUCAUUAUUCAGUGUCUGGGAGCAAUUGCUGGAGCUGGGGUGGUAGCACUAGUUACCCCCAAUGACAAGUGGCCAGUGGGAAUAACUAAGGAACAUGAAACAAUAUCGCACGGCCAGGCGCUGCUUGUGGAAGCGCUUAUUACUUUUCAAUUGGUCUUCACAAUAUUUGCUUCAUGUGACAAAAAAAGAACUGAUAUCAAAGUCCCCAUUCCUCUCAUCAUUGGCCUGUCUGUAACAAUCGGACACCUCUUUGCAAUUAAGUAUACAGGUGCCAGCAUGAAUCCAGCAAGGUCUUUAGGAACAAGUGUUGUUUUCAAUCAUUGGGAGAAUCAUUGGAUCUAUUGGAUUGGUCCAAUGAUGGGGGGUGUCCUGGCCAGUUAUGUCUACGACUACCUAUUCUGUCCCCAUCCAGAAGCUAAAUUACGCCUGCAAGCCAAUUUUUCAAGGCAACAAAAUCAAGAUGAGUCUGUUCAACUGACUGUGCAUCCAGGCGGUGGGGGAGAAUACAACAAACUGGAAGCUACUGCAUAAAACUAUAGAACUGUGUCAUUUGUGGAAUUCCACAAAAGGUUUUCCGUGAAAAUGCUUUUGUAUAACAUAACAAAGUUGUUACAUGUGAUAUUAAGUAAAAUGGCUACAGCUGUUUGCCAAACAGAUUCUCCAGUCAGUACAAUACAUAUCAUUUGUUAUUUUAACGGAGGCUCCGCUUCUCUACUUAUAUGACCACUAUGGAGACCACAAGUAAGUUCAGACAUAGGAAUAUAAAUCUGUUCACUUUGUCUAUUCAAGAUGACAAAAAGCAGUAAGACUAGGGCCCAUGUUGGUAUACAAACGUGGUUUAUCAAUUUAUAUUUAUUUAUUUCGUUUGUUUUUUAAACAUUGAAUUUGAGAAUGUACUCUUUUUACAAUUAAUUCUACCUUGACUGAAAGAGAGAAUAUUUUCAAGCAGAGCAAACAGAGAGGGUGAGCCCCAAACUCCACCACUGUGCUGCUUGUACUCUCAGAGGACUAAGGGGCAAAUUCACUAAGCGCCGAACGCUAGCGUUACUUCGCUAGCGUUACUUCGCUAGCGUUACUUC